AUGUCAGGAGUUUCGAAGGAGGGUCCUGGUUCCCUGGGUCUGCCAGUGUUGGGCAGGACCUGUUUAGCCACCAUGGACAAAAAGCUUACCAUGCUGAAUGAGAAGGUAGACAGACUCUUGCAUUUCCAAGAAGAUGUCACAGAGAAGCUGCGGUGCGUGUGCCAAGGCAUGGGCCACCUGGAGCAAGGUCUGAAUCGGCUGGAGGCCUCCCGAGAGCCGGGUCUGGCAGGGACUGACAGCAUUCCUCCAGCCACUGGGCAGGCUGGGUGGGCUGAGGUCCUGGAGCUGGUAAGGGCUGUGCAACAGGAUGGUGCCCAGCAUGGUGCCAGACUGGAAGCCCUCUUCAGGAUGGUGGUGGCUGUGGACAGGGCCAUUACUUUGGUGGGGGCCACAUUCCAGAACUUGAAGGUGGUCGAUUUCAUCAUGCAAGGGAAUGCCCCCUGGAGGAAGGGCAGCCUGGCUGAUGACCCUGAGAAGAACAAAGAGCAAGUAGAAGAGAAGGGAGCAAAACCAAAGCAUGCACUGAGUACUCCAGGAGUGCAAGCUGACGGCGGGAGGCUGUGGGAAGAGAGCCAGAAGGAGGACAUAUCAGUGGGGACAGUGGAGAGGCUGCCUUUCAUCAGCACUUCAGGGAAGGGAGCUGACCUCACCCAGGCAGGAGCCUCACUGGGUCAGGGAGUUGGAGAUCUUGGUCAUUGGCUAUUACCCAUAGAAGCAGAAGCCAGAACUGCUGAAACAUCCAGUGAGAACCCUGGGACUACUUUGGAAUUGUCUACAGCACGCAACAGAAUCAGUGAAAACUUCACCAGCCUUGAGAUGGCACAAAGUGCAGGACAAGGAACAGCAUCCAGCAAACCUGAGUGUUGGCUCUCAGAAGAGAGCACAAUGCUGAAUUCAGGGCCUAUCCUUCAAUCCCUAGGGCCAUUAGCUCUAGCCAGGGAAGUUCACAGUGGCGAAGAAGAACUUCCAAGGAUCUCCACCCAUAAGCAUGAGAUGGGCACUCCCAGGAAGCUGCUUGUGUUACAGAGGAGCAGCCUGAGACCCACUGCCCCUGCAGAAGCUCCAGCGGCCACCCAGCCCGAUGAGCAGGACCUACAUAAAGUACCUGGAACUGAGUUGGAAGACCAGAUCCCUAAAGAGGUCAGACCAUUUCCACCCCUGCCAAAGAGGAGCAGCAACUGGGGAGUGUGUUUAGAGGAGGCGCCAGGGCCUGGGGCCGAGCCUAUCACAGAACCAAGCUUGGCCACAAGGGACAGGGGAGAUGAAGAUGUUGGGUCCCCAGGCCUGCAGCAAAACACAGUCCCAGGAGCAGGGCACCCUGAGCCUGGAAAGGACCAUGCAGCCAAGUGCUCUGGGAGAGCUGAAGCUGGAGGGAGGAUGCCCCCUGGUGCCGAGGCUGCCAGUGUAGUUCUGGAUGACAGCAUAGCCCCUCCAGCCCCAUUUGAACACCGGGUGGUGAGUGUCAAGGAUACCUUGAUCUCAGCAAGCUAUACAGUGUCUCAACAUGAAGUGUUGGGAGGGGGCCGGUUUGGCCAGGUAUACAGGUGUACAGAGAGGUCUACGGGUCUCACUCUGGCAGCUAAGAUCAUCAAAGUGAAGAGCGUCAAGGACCGGGAGGAUGUAAAAAAUGAAAUCAACAUCAUGAACCAGCUCAGUCAUGUAAACCUGAUCCAACUUUAUGAUGCCUUUGAGAACAAGAACAACUUCACCCUUGUCAUGGAAUAUGUGGAUGGAGGUGAACUCUUUGAGCGGAUCACAGACGAGAAGUACCACUUGACUGAACUGGAAGUGGUCUUAUUUACCAAGCAGAUCUGUGAGGGUGUGCAUUACCUCCACCAGCACUAUAUCCUGCAUCUGGACCUCAAGCCAGAGAAUAUACUGUGUGUAAGCCAGACAGGACACCAAAUUAAGAUCAUUGACUUUGGACUGGCUAGAAGGUACAAGCCUCGGGAGAAACUAAAGGUGAAUUUUGGUACUCCAGAGUUCCUGGCCCCAGAAGUUGUCAACUAUGAGUUUGUCUCAUUCCCUACAGACAUGUGGAGUGUGGGAGUUAUCACCUACAUGCUACUCAGUGGUUUGUCCCCAUUUCUAGGGGAAACAGAUGCAGAAACCAUGAAUUUUAUUGUGAACUGUAGCUGGGAUUUUGAUGUUGAUACUUUCGAAGGACUGACAGAGGAAGCCAAGGACUUUGUUUCCCGGUUGCUGGUCAAAGAGAAGAGCUGCAGAAUGAGUGCGACACAGUGCCUGAAACAUGAGUGGUUAAAUAAUCUGCCUGCCAAAGCCUCACAAUCCAAAGCUUGUCUCAGAUCCCAACUGCUGCUGCAGAAAUACAUGGCCCAGAGAAAAUGGAAGAAACAUUUCUAUGUGGUGACUGCAGUCAACAGAUUAAGGAAAUUUCCAACUUGUCCCUAAUCUUCAACUGCCGCUCCACCAGUCCUUGAGGCAAGAUGAAGUGGUGAUAGAUGAUUGAAGAUUCUUAUAUACUGACCUUUUACUAUUAUUGAUUCUUCUUGUUUUGCAAAGAAAGAAGAGAGAAGGAAAAGAAGAAAGGAAGAAAAACAGUUAUGCUAUUGUCUUCCUUGUGGAUGGAAAGUUUUUUAAAAGAGCCCUAUGCACUUUUCUUUUGCUUUCUAAGAUCACUAAGUUUAAUGUGCUGCUUCCUUUCCAGCACUCCUAGUUUUGGUAAUGAGCAUAGGCAUGCUUAAGAUGGAUAGGAAAAGUCCUACUUGGAUUCUGUCAAAUUUAAAUUCCAAACUUUCCAUGAUUAAAGAAUUCAGUAGGGAGAUGGAGGGGUGGGGGUGGAUCUGGGUGGAGUUGGAGAGUAUAGGGAGGUGAGGAUGGAUCUUGGAGGAAUUAGGAAUGCAGGGUGCAUGUGAU